GUUUUCUCCAGCUGCCCCUUGGGGCGUCAUUGUCCUCUUUCUGCCAUCCUCCACCCCCACCCUCUGCUUGUCCAAGCUCCCUCUUCAAGGUCCUCCUUGAGGCUGAAGGACCCCAAGGACAUGUUUGCCCAAGGGGCUUUGCAUCCAUGAGCUCUGUGCAGGGGGCUGGUGCUCACGUAUGGGCCUGUGGCCCCAUGGAGGUGGAAAUCCAGUGCCGUAGACGCUCCAGAAACAGCCCUGGAGUUCCACCACUACCUGGCCUUCCACAGCCUUGUGAUGUCGCCCUUAAAGAGCCAGUGCCACCCCGGCCGUCGCCCGUCCCACCUGUUGCACCCACAGACCUCGCCUGGGCCGGUGCCCACAGAGCAACACCUCCCACCAAGAGGGAUUUUUCCGUGUCUGCGCUGUGGAACACUGGCACUGAGCACCCCACGACAUUCUCUCAUUGUACUCUGUGGUCUCAUGCCUCUGAGGACAGACCGCACGGCCACAGCAGAAAACCUAACGUGAACGUGGAACAGCAGCGCCAGCAGGUGUGUGCAGCAGGACAUAAGGAUCAGCAAGCCAGGCAGUGCAAGCAGUGGGAUGCAGAGAGGCAGCAGCACGGUGAGCUCAAGCGGACCACGCCAGAUACCCCGUGGAGAAUACCAGCCUUCCCGAAGGCAGCCCCUGGGAGCAGCCAGAUAUGCAAGCCUCCAACACAGGGCUCACGGCUUCCCAAACACAGAUGCUGUCAGAGGACAUGCCCCUCUGGGCUUUCAAUCUGGCCCUGGGGAUUUGUGGACACAAAAGCCACGGGAAGUGCAGCUCCUACGCAGCACAAAGUGGACCCAAGGGUUGGCGGCGGGGCAGCCGGGUCUCCCUCGUGCCCAGCAGCCUUACCACAGCAACAGCAUCAUAGAUCUGCUCUCGUGCGACAUGCUUGGUGA